AAUCAGAGUCCGGAGAGAACGCCGGUUGUGAGGAUUCAAACUUGAAGGCGGGCCCCGAAGACGUUCCCGUUGCAGCGGUGGCCGUUGCGGAUGCUCUUGCCCGCGCCGGUAAGGAAAGCAUGUAAGAGCCUUUCCUCUCACGCGGACCCCUGGUAGCCUGAUGCUGUGGUGCUGUUUGUGCAAAUCUGGUUAACAUUUUGCCCUACAGAAGGCAGUUUCCUGGCAAAACGAUGGAGACAGCAAUGAUGAAUCUAAGGAACAUUUUAAACCAACUGAAGCGCCAAGCAGAAAUUCUAAAUGAAGACAAUGAAAUCCAAUUUAUUCAGCUGGCAAAGAACUUUGAAGAAUUCAGGAAAAAGUGGCAAAGCAUGGAUCAUGAGGUGGCCAGGUGCAAAGAGCUUCUAAUGAAAAGAGAAACUGAGUGCAGUGCCCUGGAUGUGAAGCUGAAACAUGCUAGAAACCAAGUCGAUGUAGAGAUCAAGCGAAGACAGCGUGCUGAAGCGGCCUGCGAAAAGUUGGAGCGGCAGAUCCAGCUGAUGAGGGAAGUGCUCAUGUGUGAUUCAUCAGGCAGUAUUCAGCUGAGUGAAGAACAGAGAUCAGCACUAGCCUUUCUAAACAGGCCUCAGACUUCGACUGGUGGGAACAAAAGACUGUCAACGAUUGAUGAAUCUGGUUCAAUUUUAUCCGACAUCAGUUUCGACAAGACUGAUGAAUCUCUGGAUUGGGAUUCCACAGUAAUGAAGACUGUUAGGCUGAAGAAAAGAGAAAAAAGACGCUCAUCCAGGCAGUUUAUUGAAGGCCCACCUGGUCCUUUAAAGAAAACUCGUUCUAUUGGCGCUACAGCAGACCAAGGAAAUGAAUCAAUAAUUGCAAGAACAACCCUAACUGUACCUAACGAUGGAGGCCCAAUUGAAGCGAUCUCUACUCUUGAGACUGUUCCUUACUAUGUUGGAAGCCAAAGAAACACAGCCAUUCUACAGCCUUGGAACAGUGAUUCAAACCUGGGAAGCAGGCAACUGGAAUGUAAAUCUGAAACAGAUGGAUUUAGCACUCCUGGGAACACUGGGAUGAGACUUCAUGAAUUUGUCUCAAAAACGGUUAUUAAACCCGAAUCAUGUGUUCCCUGCGGCAAGCGCAUAAAGUUUGGGAAGCUGUCCCUGAAGUGCCGAGACUGCCGGGUAGUGACGCACCCAGAAUGUCGAGAGCGCUGCCCCCUGCCCUGCAUACCUACUUUAGCAGGCACUCCCGUCAGAAUUGGAGAGGGAGCUCUUGUGGAUUUUGUACCUCUGACACCACCAAUGAUCCCUUCUAUUGUAGUUCACUGUGUGAACGAAAUAGAACAGCGAGGACUGCAUGAGACAGGCCUCUACCGUAUUUCUGGCUGUGACCGCACAGUAAAAGACCUGAAAGAAAAGUUCCUUCGAGGGAAAACUCUGCCCCUGCUGAUCAAGGUGGAAGACAUCCAUGCUAUAUGUGGCCUUCUGAAAGACUUCCUCCGCAACCUUAAGGAGCCUCUCCUCACCUUCCGUCUUAACAAGCCUUUUAUGGAGGCUGCUGAAAUAAUGGAUGAGGAUAAUAGUGUGGCAGCCAUAUAUCAAACCAUUGGGGAGCUCCCUCAGGCUAACAGGGAUACUCUGGCUUUUCUCAUGUUACAUCUUCAGCGAGUGGCUCAAAGUCCAGAUACCAAAAUGGAUAUUUCUAACCUAGCCAAAGUCUUUGGACCUACAAUUGUUGGCCAUGCUGUGCCAGAUCCUGAUCCCAUGACCCUACUGCAAGACACAAAGAGACAACCUAAGGUUGUGGAGCGGUUAAUCUGCUUGCCUACAGAAUAUUGGACUCAGUUCAUGAUGGUGGAGCAGGAAAACAUUGAGCCUGGACAUAUAAUUGAAAACUCAAAUGCGUACUCCACCCCUUGCACACCAGAUGUUAAAGUGAGCAUGUUGGGACCAGUCACCACUCCAGAGCAGCAGCUGGUGAAGACUUCUUCAAGCAGUUCUUUGUCGCAGAAGAUGAAAUCGACAUUUGGCAGAACAACACCUAAGUUUGGGAGCAAAAGCAAGUCUACAACUGGUCUUGGACGCCAGGGCAACUUCUUUGCUUCUCCACUGCUGAAAUGAAGUAUGCUUCAGUUCUGAACAUCUACUUACUUAUGAACAGCUACAAUAAAGUCCUAGGCUGCCCCUUCACUAUUCCCAGCAGUACUGAGCACCAGUAUCAGUUGUAGACAUCUGUUCUUAGUUUAGCUGAACUUUUAUCUGAAUUUUACUGUGCAAUGUAAAGUAUUCAGUGUCAUUAUCACAUUUAUUGUAGGGGAAUAACUUGCAGAACCUACUCAGCAUGUUAGUAGGAAAACUGCAAGGAGAUGAUCAUUUUUGAAGGUUUUUGUAGCUCAGAAGCUGCUUCCAUCUGUUCAAAAAACCCCAUUAUUGUUUCAUUUGUGUGUUGUUGCUGGAGAGAAGGGAAUGAUUUUGCACCAGCAGUAAUCCUGCUCAUUUCAGAGAAACAGCUAUAAUCCUUCGAGGAAAUGAGUGUCGAUCCAUUGUAUUGGGAAAUCGUGUGUGAUGAAACCGCACUUGUACUCUUCUGGUUAAUUAUAUUUAGUGAAACAAAUGACUUCAAAAAGAAGUUAUGUACACUCAGAACUUGGCCAUGUGAAAAAUGGAACACCAGUGUCUCAUUAGUGUACACAGGCUGCAACUCAAUGCCAGAGGACAGUGUCAUCAGCAUUAAUGAACAACCUACCUGUAUAGCCAUGUUCAUCUUGCAUCUUCUGAAACCUUAUUUUAAUUACCUAGUUUUCUAGUCAAUGUACAUUUAGUGCUGGGGGUACUCUAAAUGUUGCUACCAUAGCAAUCUCAUUUUAUGUGUCUAUUUAUACCUUUCCUAAAUCUUUCUGCCAACAUGGGUUUCAGUGGGCCACUCUGGGUCAAUGCUGAAUUUGAAUGUAUCAUUUGAAAUAUAGUGGCAACAGUCAUUCUUCCCACAGAGAUCAUUCUCCCAUUUCUGUAAAAACUGCUCUCCCUUUCUCAGGAGUAUUUUGUAUUGUGGUAUAGGCUGUCUAAAGUAAAUUUUAACAUGAUCAA